GAUCGACCAACCAGGUUCGGGGGGCUCGACCCGGCCCCGCCCCUUCCGCGAUGGCGGCGCCCGGGUGCCACGUGGGGACCGAGGGGGGGCAGGAGGAGGAGGAAGAGAACGGGGAAGAGGAAGAGGAAGAGGAAGAGGAAGAGGAAGAGGAAGAGGAAGAGGAAGAGGAAGAGGAAGAGGAGCAAGAAGCAGAAGCGGCGCUGCGGGCCGUGUUCCCCCGCGACCCCGCGCUCUUCGCCGAGUUCUUCCCGGAGCGGCGCCGGUUCCGGCUGUGCGGGCGCGUCCUGCACAUCGCGGAGCACCACGGGCCGCGGCUCGGGCCCGCCGGGGCCGUCUGGGAGGCGGCCCUGUCCCUGUGCCGGUUCCUGGGCGAGCAGAACCUGGAGCUGGCAGGGCGGCGGGUGCUGGAGCUGGGGGCCGGUACCGGCAUCGUGGGCAUCUUCGCUGCCAUGCUGGGGGCCGAGGUGACGCUCACGGACCGGCCGCCGGCGCUGCCGCAGCUGCGGGAGAACGCGCGGCUCAACUUCCCGGGGGACGCGGCGGGGCCGCGGGUGCGGGCGCUGCGCUGGGGCCGCGACCAGCGCCGCUUCCCGCCCAAGUUCCACCUCAUCCUGGGCUCCGACAUCGUGUACGACCCCCGCGCCUUCGCCCCGCUGCUGGACACCCUCCGGCACCUGCUGGUGCCGCCGGCCCAGGCGCUGCUCAGCGCCCGCCUGCGCGGCGGCGAGGCCGGCGCCGCCCGGUUCUUCCGGCAGCUGCUGCCGCCGUUCUUCGGGGUGCGGCUGCUGCGGCGGGAGCCCGAGCGGGACAUCGAGAUCUACGCCCUGACCCCGCGGGACGGAGCGGCGGAGCGGGGCAGGCCCGGGCCGGGGUCCCUCACCCCGCGGGACGGAGCCGCGGAGCGGGGCAGGCCCGGGCCGGGGUCCCUCACCGGGGAUUAAAUGGUUCCGAGGGUCGCA